AUGGCUGACUACUACGAGUGCGUGCGGACCGACAAGCUGCGGCUCAAGGGCGGGUCGAACCGGCCCAAGAGGAAGCGAAACAAGUUCACCACGGAUGAUGAAGACACGACCGCGGCAAAGACUGAGAAGACGACGGAGAAGAAGGUGGCACUCGUCUCCCUGGAUGAUGGAAUCGAAGAAGAAGGAGACGACGUCGAACCGCCCACCAAGGUGGUGCGAAGCUAUGAGGACUACCUGACGCCCGCCGAGAAGAAGUAUCGCGCCAGGCUGGCCCAACGCGAGAAGGAGCUGAUCCAGAAGCUCGCCGCCCAGUCGCACCGAGAGCGCGUCGAGGCGUUCAACGUCAAGCUCGAGAAGGAGCCGAACCACUUUGACAUCCCAAAGGUCGGUCCCGGCUAG